CCAUUCCACAGGCAUUGUUCCACCGGCAAGCAAAGAGUGAACUGGUGACCGUCCAAAUAUUAUAAAAAACUAGCAUCAUCUUCUGCUAUUACACCUCUAAUUGUAAAUUCCAUUAAUCCAAGUUUAUUGAUUAAUACGUCACAAUUUUUGUUACAAGUGAUAACUAUUUAUUGACGCUGACUUUGACACUAGGAUUAAGUCAUAAAAAUGGAGAAUUCGUACAACAAAGUCACGCACGUUUUGUUCGACAUGGAUGGACUCUUGCUGGAUACAGAGUACCGGUACACUGAGAUUUACAACAGAGUGAUAAGAGAAUACGGUGAUUACACUUUCACUUGGGACCACAAGGCCACAACGAUGGGCUUUCAUCCUAUUGAAAGUGCCAAGAAAGUGAUAGAAAUAUUCAAUCUCCCAACGACUCCCGAAGAAUUCAUGGAACAACUAGCUCCCCACUACCAGGAGUUAUUCCCACACAGUCAACUGAUGCCAGGUGCAGAAAGAAUCCUAAACCACCUCCACAAGCACAACAUUCCAAUCGCCCUAGCCACAAGCUCUGGUGAGACCAGUUACGAAUUGAAAACAAAAAAAGUUAAGCCAAUGUUCGAAUUGUUUCAUCAUAAAGUACUUGGGGGAUCGGAUGGCGAAGUUAGAAAUGGUAAACCAGCACCGGAUAUAUUUCUAGUGGCUGCCAGACGAUUCGAUGACAAUCCAGACCCGUCCAAGUGCCUAGUGUUUGAGGAUGCACCGAAUGGUGUUCAAGCGGCUCUAAGUGCAGGAAUGCAAGUUGUUAUGGUACCUGACCCAAAUUUACCAAAAGAUUUAACUAAAAAAGCAACUCUAGUCCUUGGAAGUCUAGAAGAAUUCAAACCAGAACUCUUUGGAUUACCACCAUUUGACGAUUAACUAGAAUUUAUUUCUACAAUCUCCAAAUAGUUGAAAAUUCGUCAUCGAUUAACCAUAGACCUCGACCAAGUGACGAUGAACAAAUAAAUAAAAAACACUAAUGAAAACUUUUAAUUGUCACGUUAUGCAAAAUUAUUGUAAAGAAUCGUCGCCAGGUGCUGACAACAAUGUUCUUAUUUAAUUUCAUUCUUGAAGAUUUAAACAUUUAUUUUGAUAAAUAGUAUUAUGUAUGCAAUAAAGUGGUUCUCAACACUAGCUUUAUCAUU